GGGGUGCAGUGGUCUCACCUUGGAUUUCAAUUUUCAACUGUUAAACUGAUGAAUGUGUGGAUAUUGCAAUAGAGCUUAUCCCCCCUCUCUUUCCCUCCUUUUAGCAUCUAUGAACACCAUCUUUAAACGCCUAUGUCGACAGUAGAAAAAAGAUAGGCGGCUAUGGAAUCCUUGAAGCUUCCCCUCUCUCUUGGCAUGAGCAACCCUUUUCUUACGUCAAGCUUAGUUUCAAGAUUUCACCCAAGAUGCAACCUUGGGCUCUCCAAUGGUUGCAGGAAUCAUUCAGGUUUCAUCAUCGUAUUCCCAACUAAGUUUCUUUCUAAACAUUGCAAUACGAAAGGAGUAUGGUCUGCCCAGGUCAGCACAAGAAGUACAUCAGCAUCAACACAACCCAUUACUGAGGAAUUGAUAGAGGAUAACCCCAAGGAUCUGUACACAAGUGGGGAUUCUAUACGCCGCCGGUUUCUCGAUUUUUAUGCUUCGCGUGGUCACAAAAUCCUUCCAAGUGCUUCUCUUGUGCCAGAGGACCCAACUGUUCUGCUUACAAUUGCUGGAAUGCUUCAGUUCAAGCCAAUAUUUCUUGGAAAGGUUCCUAGACAAGUAGCUCGUGCCACAACUUCCCAAAGGUGCAUACGAACCAAUGAUAUUGAGAAUGUAGGUCGAACAUCUAGACAUCAUACAUUCUUCGAGAUGCUUGGAAACUUUAGUUUUGGAGAUUACUUCAAGAAGGAAGCAAUUAAAUGGGCAUGGGAGCUUACAAUCUCCGAAUUUGGAUUACCAGCUGAAAGAUUAUGGAUUAGUGUUUAUGAAGAUGACGAUGAAGCAUUUUCCAUAUGGCAUGACGAGGCAAGUGUUCCUGUGGAGCGUAUAAAAAGGAUGGGUGAGGAAGACAACUUCUGGACUAGUGGAGUUACUGGUCCCUGUGGUCCAUGCUCCGAGAUUUAUUACGACUUUCAUCCUGAAAGAGGAUUCUCUGAAACAGACCUCGGAGAUGAUAGUAGGUUUAUAGAGUUCUACAAUCUGGUUUUUAUGCAAUACAACAGAACAGAUGAUGGUUCACUUGAACCAUUGAAACAAAUGAAUAUAGACACUGGGCUAGGUUUGGAGCGUAUGGCUCGCAUCCUUCAGAAGGUUCCCAACAAUUAUGAGACUGACUUGAUUUUUCCCAUUAUAGAGAAAGCAUCAGAACUGGCAAAUGUCUCAUAUGCUCGUGCAGAUGAUUCUGUAAAAACAAACCUCAAAAUAAUCGGCGAUCAUAUGCGGGCUAUUGUUUUUCUCCUAUCAGAUGGGGUUGUCCCAUCAAAUAUUGGGAGAGGUUAUGUAGUUCGGCGGCUCAUCAGAAGGGCUGUUCGUACCGGCAGGUUAGCUGGUAUAACGGGCGACGGUAGGGGAAACAUUGAGGGAGCAUUUUUGCCAACAAUCGCUGAAAAAGUAAUUGACAUGAGCACCCACAUAGAUUCAGAUGUAAAAGCAAGAGCACCCCGGAUCCUGGAGGAGUUGAAAAGGGAAGAACUGCGUUUUGUACAAACAUUGGAGAGAGGGGAAAAACUGCUUGACCAAAUGUUAGUGGAAGCUUUGUCAAGUGCUAAUGAAAAUGGAACCACGCCUUGCUUGUCAGGCAAGGAUGCGUUUCUAUUGUAUGACACGUAUGGUUUUCCUGUGGAGAUAACAAGGGAAGUGGCUGGUGAACGCGGCGUCAGUGUAGAUAUGCACACUUUUGAUAUUGAAAUGGAAAACCAAAGACGUCAGUCUCAGGCUGCACAUAGUGCCGUUAAACUUGAAGUUGGAAAUGAUGCUGAUCUAACUGCGAGUAUUUCUAACACAGAGUUUCUUGGUUAUGACACACUUUCCGCUAGAGCAGUAGUUGAGGGUCUCUUAGUUAAUGGGAAAUCAGUACUACAGGUUUCUAAAGGAAAUGAAGUAGAAGUUCUUCUCAACAGAACACCAUUUUAUGCUGAAUCAGGUGGUCAAAUUGGAGACAAUGGCUUUCUUUUCAUUCCUGAAGCUAGAAACCAAGAGCAAGCUGUUAUAGAGAUAAAAGAAGUCAAAAAGUCCCAUGGUAAUAUUUUUGUUCAUACUGGUACUGUGAAGGAGGGAAGUAUAGAGGUUGGGGGAGAAGUGGAAGCUGCAGUAGAUGCAAGGCUGAGGCAGCGCGCUAAGGUUCAUCAUACUGCUACUCAUUUGCUACAAGCUGCACUUAAAAAGGUAAUAGGCCAGGAAACAUCACAAGCUGGUUCAUUGGUAGCUUUUGAUCGGCUUAGAUUUGAUUUCAACUUCCACCGGCCACUUUUGGAUAACGAGCUCAUGGAGAUUGAAGAACUGAUCAAUAGCUGGAUUACGGAUGCUACACUACUGCAAACUAAAGUGAUGGCUCUAACUGAUGCAAAGAAUGCAGGGGCCAUUGCAAUGUUCGGAGAAAAAUAUGGAGAAGAGGUUCGGGUUGUAGAGGUUCCAGGGGUAUCUAUGGAACUAUGCGGUGGCACUCAUGUUAGCAAUACUUCUGAACUACGUGGCUUCAAGAUAAUCUCAGAACAGGGUAUUGCUUCUGGGAUUAGACGUAUUGAAGCAGUGGCUGGUGAAGCUUUUAUCGAGUACAUCAAUGCCAGAGAUAGUUAUAUGAAACAACUAUGCUCCACUCUCAAAGUUAAAGCUGAAGAAGUACCAACCAGAGUAGAAACCCUCCUGGAGGAAUUGCGUUCGGCCAGAAACGAAAUUUCAGCUGCUCGUGCCAAAGCUGCAGUUUACAAAGCCUCUAUUGUUGCAAAUAAAGCAUUCCCUGUGGGAACUUCUACAACAAUCAGGGUGCUGGUCGAGUGCAUGGAUGAUAUGGAUGCUGAUUCACUAAAAAGUGCGGCUGAAUACUUGAUGGAUGAAUUGCAAGACCCUGCAGCUGUAAUUUUGGGUUCAUGUCCAGGCGAAGGCAAGGUAAGUUUAAUUGCUGCAUUCACUCCGGCAGUUGUUGGUAUGGGAAUUCAGGCGGGAAAGUUUAUCGGGCCAAUAGCUAAGUUGUGUGGCGGAGGAGGUGGUGGGAGGCCAAAUUUUGCUCAGGCAGGUGGUAGAAAACCUGAGAAUUUGUCAAGCGCGCUUGAGAAAGCUCGAGCGGAGCUUGUUUCUCUUUUGUCUGAAAAAGCAAGCUGAGAACCAUUUCUACUUGCUCAGAAGCCUACCAUAGACAUCAUCAGGCUGUGAAGCUUCAAAUGGACUCCAUUUUUGAAAUUCUCAGGCAAGUGCACAUUUGCCAUCAUACCCCACCAUAGCAAUACCAUAUAAUUUUUUCUUUCUUUUUUGUUUACAAAUUUUUCUGGGUGGGAAGGGCUGGAAGGUAAAAAUUGUAAAAUGCAUUUAUAGCAUUCAUGAUUUGGUCAAACUGUGAGCUGGCUUUGUGUAAGCCAAUUUGUACAUAUUCAUCAUCAGAAGUACCCCUACAGGGAUAGGAUGGGGCUCUUGUGCUAGCUAGCAUUUGACUUGAGUUUAAAGUAACAAGUGACAUAGUGCAGAAGUCAGUUUGAAACCAUU